GGCGGUGCUUACUGAUUUUCUAGUCCCUACUGGCAACUUCCACCAGCCGUUCAGGGGGAGGUGCUAGUUCGGACUCCGCAGUAGUUUCUGGAAGGAACCGCAUGUGCAUCAUGGAUAAAGUGUCAGCAUUGAAAGACCAGGGCAACAAGGCACUGAGUGCAGGAAAUAUUGAUGAAGCUAUUCGUUGCUACACUGAAGCUUUGACCGUCGAUCCAUCAAACCAUGUGCUGUUCAGUAACCGCUCAGCUGCCUACGCCAAAAAGGGCAGUUAUGAGAACGCUCUCCAAGAUGCCUGUCAGACCAUCAAGAUCAAACCCGACUGGGCCAAGGGCUAUUCUCGGAAAGCUGCUGCCUUGGAAUUUCUUGGACGAUUGGAAGAUGCCAGAACAACGUACCAGGAGGGACUUCGCCACGAGCCGAGUAAUCAGCAGCUAAAGGAGGGUUUACAGAACAUCCAGGCCAAACUUACAGCAGAGAAAUCGAUGAUGAACCCUUUUGCAUCGCCCAAUCUGUAUCAGAAGCUGGAGAACGAUCCUCGGACUCGUGAGCUCCUGACAGAUCCCAGCUACAAAGAGCUACUGGAGCAGCUUAGGAAUAAACCAUCAGAACUCGGAGCGAAGCUUCAGGAUCCAAGAGUGAUGACUACUCUGUCUGUGCUCCUGGGCCUGAACCUUUCUGAGAUGGAGGAGGAAGAGGAGCCCACACCUCCACCUCCUCCCAAACCCAAAGAAACUCCUCCACCACCUCCAAAAGAGGAGGACCUCCCUGAGAACAAGAGGAUGGCUCUGAAGGAGAAAGAACUCGGAAAUGCUGCAUACAAGAAUAAGGAUUUUGAAGCAGCAUUGAAACAUUAUGAAGAGGCCGUUAAGCACGACCCCACCAAUAUGACGUAUUUAUCCAACCAAGCAGCUGUGUAUUUCGAGAUGGGCGACUUUGAGAGAUGCAGAGAGUUUUGUGAGAAGGCCAUUGAUGUUGGCAGAGAGAACCGAGAAGAUUACAGACAAAUCGCAAAGGCUCUGGCUCGAAUCGGGAACUCGUACUUUAAGCAGGACAAAUACAAAGAGGCAAUUCAAUACUUCAACAAGAGUUUGACGGAGCACCGCACCCCUGACGUGCUGAAGAAAUGUCAGCAGGCAGAGAAGAUGCUGAAAGAGCAAGAAAAACUAGCCUACAUCAAUCCGGAUUUGGCGCUGGAAGAGAAGAACAAGGGCAAUGAUGCCUUCCAGAAAGGAGACUACCCCUUAGCCAUGAAACAUUACACUGAAGCCAUUAAAAGAAACCCUAAUGAUGCCAAACUGUACAGUAACAGAGCUGCCUGCUACACAAAGCUGCUGGAGUUUCAGCUAGCUCUGAAGGAUUGUGAAGAGUGUAUCAAACUGGAGCCAACAUUCAUUAAAGGCUACACACGUAAAGGAGCCGCGUUAGAGGCCAUGAAAGAUUAUUCCAAAGCUAUGGACGCCUACCAGAAGGCCCUCGAGCUGGAAUCUUCAUCCAAGGAAGCUUCAGAAGGCUUGCAGCGCUGUAUGGUCAGUCAGGCCAUGAGGAACGACAGUCCAGAGGAGGUAAAGAAACGGGCCAUGGCUGAUCCAGAGGUGCAGCAGAUCAUGAGCGACCCAGCCAUGCGUCUGAUCCUCGAGCAGAUGCAGAAGGACCCUCAGGCACUUAGCGACCACUUGAAAAAUCCAGUUAUUGCUCAGAAGAUACAGAAACUCAUUGAUGUGGGGCUGAUAGCCAUCCGCUGAUGUGAGCUGAGCUCGUCCCCUGUAAGGAAUCCCUGAGGCGGAACAACAUGCAGCUCCCUCUUAAAUAUUUAAUCUUUUCUUGCCUUUCUAUUCAAAAUGAUAUCACUGAUCAGUUUUUUUUAUUUCAUGUUCACUGCUUUGACGUUGUGGUGCGGAAGCGUCUCGUAUCUGCUCCUUAUCACCUUGGUCAACAUACAAAAAAAAAGAACUGUACAGAGUCUGUAAUGGAGCUUAAAAAAUAAACAUCAGAAACUGAACACCCAUGUGCUCUAUCCAAACAGGAAAAUCCACCCUAAAGCUGUUCUUAUGACUAAAAUUAAUAGAAAACAGAAGGCCUUCUGCCCAGAAUGAGAGCUGUACAGACAGUUCUACUCAAUUGGUGUCUGUUUUUUCUGUUCUUUCCACUUCAUCAAAGCUUUACAUUGGAUUUGUAAAACUAAAUGUAUUAAAUCUUUCAAGCAUCUUGGAUUUCAUUCUGAUUUAGCUACCCUUUGCUUUUAGUAGAACUUAAUUUUUUUGACCUAGCACAGUUCUACUUACUGAUCUGCAUCUAUGGUAAUAUUUUAGAUUUUUUCUUAAUUGAAUUCACGUCAAAGCGCAGCUGAGUAUGUCAGCGUGGCUAGAAGAACGCUACACUCUAGGGGUGGAUUUACCUUAGUAAACUAGCACCUUUUGCUAGAGAUGUUGUGUAUUUACUCACAGUAUGCUACAUCUUAUUAGCACUACCUGGUGUUAGUUGCGAAGUAGAACACCCAUCCAUGUUGAGGUUUAUUUAUGCAAGUCUUUUUCUGGUUCAUUUUAUUGGCUUUACAGUUUGUCCACCAGAGGGGAAAAAUGCUUACAUCCUUUUUGUUUUGUGAUCACUUUGCCAUAUGUGUGGCUUAGGAUCCUCUCAAAUCUGCUGUUGUCAUGCUGUAUUUGUGUUAUGAUUUCAGCAUGGGGUGGGAGAUGUUGCUACAGUUGCAGAGGGUCAUCUUUGCAAACAUCUGUAGAUGUUCACAGCAGAAAUCAGUUUGGGCAUCCUGGGCAAAACACACACAGUUGUCAUGUUAUCAAUCCACACAGAACAAAUGUAAAAGAAGCUGUCUCAGGAGGUGUCAUGUGUUAAUGGAAACAAGUUGUACUCAAAAAUAUAGAUGAUCUGAAUGUCUCAAAGGGA